AUGCGCGCUCUCCUGCUUCUCCGCGGCCUCGCAGAGCGUCGCUGCGCGGCGGACAGGCUGCGCGUGCUCGCCACGCACCUCGCCCCCGCGCCGCUCACCUCGCCCCUCGCCGGCCGCGCCGACGACGUCGAUCGCGCGGACGCCGCCGGACGGGCGGGCGCGUCGUCGUCGCGGCGGUAUCUGGUGACGGCUGGCGCGGCCGCCCUCGCCGCUUCCGCUGCGGCCUCGUCGUUCGCCGCUGCUGGCGCGGAGGGUUCGUCGGGCGCGGCGCACUGCGAGGCGGCGCCCAAGGCAGCACUGAACCCACAGCAGUUCGUGGCGUUCAGGCUGCAGCAGGUGCAGGACAUCAGCCACAACACCAAGAUCUUCCGCUUUGCCCUGGACCCCGACACACGCCUCGGCCUCACAGUGGCGUCAUGCCUCGUUACAAGGGCGCCCAUCGGACCACCUGGGGACGACGGGAAGCCCAAAGCAGUCAUUCGACCGUACACGCCCAUCACUCCGCCAGAUGUCACGGGGCACUUCGACCUGCUAGUCAAGGUGUACCCCAACGGCAAGAUGAGUCAGCACAUGUUCUCCCUCAAGCCAGGCGACGUGCUUGAAAUGAAGGGCCCCAUUCCGAAGCUGCCCUACCAGCCCUACAUGAAGCGCAGCAUUGGCAUGGUGGCGGGGGGGACGGGCAUAACGCCCAUGCUGCAGGUCAUCGACGCCAUCCUCUCCAACCCCAACGACCACACGCAGGUGGCGCUGGUGUUCGCCAACACGUCACCGGCGGACAUCCUUCUCGCCGAUCAGCUGCGCGCCCUCGCUGCCUCGCACCCCAACUUCAAGGUGUACUUGAUGGUGGACCGCGCGGAGGCGGGGGCGGCAUGGAAGGGCGGGGAGGGGUUCAUCACGGCGGACGUGCUGCGCAAGGCGCUGCCACCACCAUCCCCCGACUCCCUCGUGCUCGUGUGUGGGCCGCCCGGCAUGAUGCGCCACGUGUCAGGCGACAAGGCACCCGACAAGUCGCAGGGGGAGGUGAGUGGCAGGGGGAGGUGA